AUGGAAAUCCCAAUGCGAUACGAUGUGACACGAUCCAAUCCUCCAACCUUUGACAUCCUUUCCGAAUCGGUGCGAGUGUUCGAGCCUUGGCAUGGCGUGAUCAGAAACAAUGUCCUUUCAACUGACAUGGAAAAUGACAUUAUUGAACAAGUCACUAGCACCAAAAGAAUCUUAGGCAUUUACGGAUAUGAUGAUUUGGCUAGUAUUAGAGGGAAUCGACUAUCUGUUCAGAGAAAUUCUAGACGUUGGCAAGGACCCACUUAUCACGUGAAGAAGGGCUGCCCUAAUCGCAUCCUACAAGACAAAGGAAUGGUCAUUUACAAAUCUCCUCUAAUCCCCUCUCCACCAAUUAUCUUCCAUCUCCCACGUGGGACUGCUGCACUCAUCUCCACUAGCUAG